UUUGGCCGGAGUAAGAUCUUCAACUGCAGAGUUCCCAUGAAGAUUAAAUCUAGAACUGUUCAUACAGUAGACCUUUUUGGCCUCUAAUGUCUCUCAAAGCAAUCGAGCACGGUCAAUGAACAUGGCCGCAUCUGUCCAUGUGAUUAUUCUUUUCCUAAUAUAUGGAGAAAUUUCACCUUUGUUAAGUGAUUCAAAUUAUGUCAGGAAGGAAAUUAAGAUAGAAGGAGAUCUUGUUUUGGGUGGUAUCUUUCCAAUACAUGAAAAAGGUUCUGGAACAGAAGAAUGUGGUCGAAUUAAUGAGGAGAGAGGUAUUCAGCGACUUGAAGCAAUGCUGUUUGCAGUUGACACAAUUAAUGGAAACAAUCAAUUACUUCCUGGAAUUGUUCUAGGAGUUCACAUCUUAGACACAUGUUCACGAGACACAUAUGCUUUGGAGCAGUCAUUAGAAUUUGUCAGGGCUUCCUUGACCAAAGUGGAUGAAGCUGAAUAUAUUUGCCCUGAUGGUUCCUAUGCCAUCCAAGACAAUAGCCCUUUAAUGAUUACUGGCGUAAUUGGGGGAUCUUAUAGUAGUGUUUCCAUACAGGUUGCAAACUUGCUCAGAUUAUUCCAGAUUCCUCAGAUCAGCUAUGCCUCUACCAGUGCCAAGCUUAGCGACAAGACCAGAUAUGAAUACUUUGCAAGGACAGUUCCGCCUGAUUUCUAUCAGGCCAAGGCAAUGGCUGAAAUCUUAAGAUUCUUUAACUGGACUUAUGUUUCAACUGUUGCCUCUGAAGGAGAUUAUGGAGAGACUGGAAUUGAAGCCUUUGAGCAGGAAGCUCGUCUCCGAGGCAUUUGCAUUGCUACCUCAGAAAAAGUUGGCAGGUCAAACUCAAAACAUUCAUAUGACAGGGUUAUUGAAGAGCUUCUUCAGAAACCUAAUGCAAAAGUGGUUGUGCUUUUUAUGAGAAGUGAUGAUGCUAGGGAACUUCUUUCUGCUGCUACACGACUAAAUGCAUCAUUUACGUGGGUUGCAAGUGAUGGAUGGGGUGCCCAAGAAAGUGUUAUAAAAGGCAAUGAGAUCACAGCUAGUGGAGCAAUAACCUUAGAACUUGCCUCACAUCGCAUUGAGGAAUUUGACAGAUACUUUCAAGCUUUGCAUCCCGAAUCUAAUUUACGGAAUCCGUGGUUCAAGGAAUUUUGGCAACAGAAAUUUCAGUGUAAACUUCAAAAUGGAAAUGGAUAUUCCAAACUCUGCGAUAAGAAGUUAUCAAUCAACAGUUCGAAUUAUGAACAGGAGUCUAAGAUUAUGUUUGUUAUAAAUGCGGUUUAUGCAAUGGCACAUGCCUUACAUAAGAUGCAGAGGACUUUGUGUUCAAACACCACUCGACUCUGCAAUGCUAUGAAACAACUGGAUGGAAAGAAACUGUACAAAGAGUAUCUACUUAACAUCAGCUUUACAGCCCCCUUUCACACUGCAGGCACUGGAGAUAACAUCGUCAAAUUUGAUGCCUUCGGAGAUGGAAUAGGAAGGUAUGAUGUCUUCAAAUUUCAGCAGAUUGGAGACAGAUAUUCUUAUCUCAAAGUUGGUCAUUGGGCUGAAACAUUAUCACUGGACACUGGUCGCAUGCACUGGCCUUAUGAUGCUAUCCCUGCAUCUCAGUGUAGUGAACCCUGUGCUAAAAAUGAAAUGAAGAAUAUGCAGUCUGGAGAUUUCUGCUGUUGGAUAUGCAUUCCUUGUGAAGAUUAUGAAUAUCUGACACCAGAGCAGACCUGUGAAGACUGUGGUCCUGGACGGUGGCCCACAGAGGAUCUCACUGGCUGCUAUGACCUCCCAGAAGACUACAUUAAAUGGGAAGAUGGAUGGGCAUUGGGUCCAAUUAGUGUCUCAUGUCUUGGUUUUCUCUGCACUUUUUUCAUUGUGACUGUCUUUCUGAAACAUAACACCACUCCACUGGUCAAAGCAUCGGGCCGUGAGCUGUGCUACAUAUUAUUGUUUGGUGUCUUUAUGUGUUACUGUAUGACUUUCUUUUACAUAGCUAAGCCCUCUCUUACCACUUGCACAUUACGUCGUUUAGGGCUGGGAACUUCAUUUGCUGUUUGUUACUCAGCACUUCUUACAAAGACAAACCGGAUUUCCAGAAUAUUUAAUGGUGCCAAGGAAGGAACUCAGAGGCCAAAAUUCAUCAGUCCCAGCUCACAAGUUUUUAUCUGUAUGAGUCUCAUAUUUGUACAAAUUGCCAUAGUGUCAGUAUGGCUCAUGUUUGAGCCUCCAGGCACAAGAAAGCACACUCUUGCUGAAAAGAGGGACACUGUUGUGCUAAAAUGUAAUGUCAGAGACUCCAGUAUGUUAAUCUCUUUGACAUACGACAUAGUACUUGUAGUUCUAUGCACUUUUUAUGCUUUCAAAACAAGGAAGUGUCCAGAGAACUUCAAUGAAGCCAAGUUUAUUGGGUUUACAAUGUACACUACUUGUAUCAUCUGGCUGGCCUUCCUCCCAAUAUUUUACGUGACUUCUAGUGACUACAGAGUGCAGACAACCACCAUGUGCAUUUCUGUUAGCCUAAGUGGAUUUGUUGUCCUGGGAUGUUUGUUUGCUCCAAAGGUGCAUAUCAUUAUGUUUCAGCCUCAGAAGAAUGUUGUCACUCAUAGGCUCCCCAUGAACAGGUUCAGCGUUAGUGGCACUGGAACUGCUUACUCACACACUUGCGUUGCUGCUGCUGUCCAGUACGUACCAACAGUCUGCAAUGGGCGAGAAGUCUUGGAUUCCACAACAUCAUCUCUCUGACCCUUUCCCGGAUUCAUUCAUAAGCUAUUAGACUGUUAGAGAAAAUGCACAAGGUGUGCAUUGUAAAAGAGCUUUUUUGUAGAAACUGUGCAUUCUUGAAUAAUGUAUAUACUAGAUUUGCAAAAAUUUUCAGAAUUGUUUUCGUAACUGUGUUAUAAUUUCCAUACCUGAAUCCUGUAAAUAGUCAUUUGCAUAACAGAUGCAGUAGCUGUGUUGUCUGCUGCAAAAUGGUGUGCCAAAUCUAAUUACAUUUCUAGAGUUUAUUUUAUUUUAUUUUUUUUUGUAGAAAACAGUGAUCCUGCUGAUAUAUGAGACAUUUAUCUUGUAUAAAGCAACAAACAUAUUUGUCAUUUGAUAGUUCAGACAAGUAGUUUUAAUUCUAAAAUUGUCUUGAUGUAUAUUUUAAAUAAAAUCUGACUUAGCAUUA